CUAUAAGAAAAGCAAUGUAACUAUUUAUUUUGAACAAUUAUAAUCCAUAGCAAUGAGACGUCUACAUUCCACUGUAUUGCAAUACACAAUAUUUCUUUGAAAAGUUUUAAUUACUUCUCCCGUCAACAAGGAAGAUGGCGGCGGGAUCCAUAGAAAUCCCUCUGAGGGAUACGGACGAAGUUAUAGAGUUAGAUCUUGAUCAGCUACCAGAAGGAGAUGAAGUACUCAGUAUUCUCCGCCAAGAGGUGGCACCUCUACACAUAUGGGUUACGCUGGCAUUGGAGUACUAUAAACAAGGUUUUGUUGAUGAUUUUGUUAAAAUUCUGGAAUCCUCAAGAACAGAUGCAGGAAUUGACUACCAAAAUUUUGAAAGAGAUCAGAUGCAGUCAUUGGAUACCCUGGCAGCCUAUUACGUACAGAUGGCCCAUAAAGAAAAGAAUAAAGACACUAAAAGAGAGCUUUUUACCAAGGCUACUCUUCUCUAUACAACAGCCGAUAAGAUUAUUAUGUAUGACCAGAAUCAUCUGUUGGGUCGUGCCUAUUUUUGUUUAUUGGAGGGGGAUAAAAUGGAUCAAGCUGAUGCUCAGUUUAACUUUGUACUCAAUCAAUCUACAAGUAAUAUUCCAUCUCUGUUGGGUAAAGCUUGCAUUGCCUUCAAUAAGAAAGAGUUCAGAAGUGCUUUAGCUUACUAUAAGAAAGCUCUAAAGAAUAAUCCAAACUGUCCCGGAUCUGUUCGACUAGGAAUGGGACAUUGUUUUGUUAAAUUGAACAGAUUAGAAAAGGCCAGAAUGGCUUUUGAAAGAGCCUUACAGUUAGAUCCUCAAUGUGUGGGGGCUUUGGUUGGAUUAGCCAUUUUGGAACUUAAUUCAAAGAAACAGGAUGCCAUUAAAAAUGGAGUACAACUGUUGUCUAAAGCUUACACAAUAGAUUCUACUAACCCCAUGGUGCUAAAUCAUUUGGCUAAUCACUUCUUUUAUAAAAAGGAUUAUCAGAAAGUUCAGCAUUUAGCUCUUCAUGCUUUUCACAAUACAGAGAAUGAAGCUAUGAGAGCUGAGAGUUGUUACCAACUAGCUAGAGCUUUUCAUGUUCAGUGUGACUAUGAUCAAGCCUUUCAGUACUAUUAUCAAUCAACACAGUUUGCACCACAGAAUUUUGUACUGCCAUAUUUUGGUCUAGGUCAGAUGUAUAUCUACAGAGGUGAUAAUGAAAAUGCAUCACAAUGUUUUGAAAGAGUAUUAAAAGCCCAGCCAGGAAAUUAUGAAACCAUGAAGAUCUUAGGUUCCCUUUAUUCUAAUUCACUUGAAGCAGAUAAAAGAGACACAGCCAAGCAACAUUUAAAGAAAGUAACAGAACAGUUUCCUGAUGAUGUGGAAGCUUGGAUUGAAUUGGCACAGAUUCUUGAACAAACUGAUGUUCAGGGAGCUUUAUCAGCCUAUGGUACAGCUACAAGAAUAUUAAAGGAGAAGGUACAAGCUGAUGUUCCACCGGAGAUUCUCAAUAAUGUAGCAGCUUUACAUUUUAGACUGGGAAAUUAUCAGGAAGCUAAGAAAUAUUAUGAAGCAUCUUUGGAGAGAUCAAAGAAUGAAGCCCAACAUGAUGAGACGUAUUAUAGUGCUAUAUCUGUUACUACAACUUAUAAUCUAGCUAGAUUGUAUGAAUCAUUAAAUGAAUUUGAUAAGGCUGACAAAUUAUACAGAACUAUUCUUAGAGAUCAUCCUAAUUACGUUGAUUGUUAUUUAAGACUGGGCUGUAUGGCACGAGAUAGAGGUCAGAUUUAUGAAGCUUCUGAUUGGUUUAAAGAAGCCUUACAGAUAAAUCAGGAUCAUCCAGAUGCUUGGUCACUGAUUGGUAAUCUGCAUUUAGUAAAACAUGAAUGGGGACCAGGACAGAAGAAAUUUGAGAGAAUUUUACAAAGACCUGGUACUAAAGAUGAUGCUUAUUCUUUAAUAGCUCUAGGUAAUGUGUGGUUACAGACUCUACAUCAACCAAUGAAAGAUAAAGCCAAGGUAUAUAUAUCUUUAUAA